UUGUCCGGUUUCAUUAGGAUGGUAGGUCAUGUACUCUUUUGAGACUGAAUGGGAGGUGCUGAUGUGCCUUGAAGGUAGCAUGGGUUUACUUCAAUGAAUGAAGGCAUGCUAAGGAAUGAGCAACAAUUCCACUUGGAGGUAGCAAAAGGACAUUUCAUUAUUUCAACUAAUUGUAAAGAGGUCUUGCUAUGUAGACCAAGCUGGCCUCAAAUUCCUGGCCAGAUCACUUUGCGUCAGCAUCCUGAAUUCUGAGAUUAUAGGUGUGUGUACCACCAUGCUUACAAAGGAGACACUUUACAGACAUGUUUGACCUGGAUCUUGAAGCAGGUUUAUCUUAGGCAGCUAGAAGCUCGAAUACAUCCGAAGGCAGAACUGAAAGGCAGCUAAGGAUGGGAAAGCAUGUUGAUGUUAAGGGAAUUUCAUUUUGUCGAUUUUUCUCUAUGAAAUCCUGUAUGGAAUGCAGAAGAGACAAAAGUUUGGAAAAGCCACUAUUGGUAAUUGUCUAGAGAGAACAGUUGCUGGGCAGUGUGGAAACAAUUAUUCGUGGCGAUUAUAAAAUGUACUGAUCUAGGUUUUUGCUCAGGUCAGGCAAGGGCUCUAACUCGAGUCCCUAUUCCCAGCUGUAUGCUCUGGCGGAACCUCAGGAUGGUAGGGAUAGUUAGGACCGAGGGAUCCAGACUGGAUUUCAACUCAAGGCCAUCUUCCUGCUUCAUUGUUGAGAUUACUGGCAUGGAAAAAAAAAAGGCUCAGUUUGGUGGUGCACUCCUAUAAUCCCAGGGCUCAGGAAGAGAGGCAGAUUUCUGCUCAAGCACAGCAGGUUCUACACCAGCCAGGGUUGCACGCACCAAAUGAGCCGUCAAGGAUUGACGAACAAAUAUGACAUGGUAAGACUGCCCUGCCCGGUGUGAAGGUGGGAAGGUAGUUAAGGUUCAGGCUCCAGGGAGGACCUGGUGGGAGCAUGACUGACUACUGUGUUGGAGUUAAGGUGUCAAGGAAAAGAGGUCUACCCAGCCCUGAGGUUGUUAAAAGUCUCAGAAUCCAAGGCGGGAACGUGAGCCUCGUGACAGUCCCCCACGAUCCGCUAACAGGGAAGCAUAGUUGAGAAGAUGGCGGCUCAGCAGAGAGAACCUCAGCAGAGUAGGUCCGUAUAGAAGCGGCGGGCGGUGUGCAGGAGGGCAGCAGGAGCGAGGGGAGUGCGGCCUCUUCCUUGUUUGGGCCAUGUGGGAGAGGGGCACAGUUUGGGUAAUGUGCACAAGUUGUCUGCACUGAGUCGAGUAGGCACAGGGAUGGCUUUCCGGAAGCCCCAGCCUGUCGCUUGUUCAGACUCCCUCUGCGUCCAGCUUCCUAUUGUGUUUCGAGGGGAGCGCGUUAGGGCUCAGGAAUCAGGAGGACCAGGGCAAAAUGGCGGAGGGGACGCGGUGCCCUGAACGGUGGGGCAAGACCAGGCUGGCCAGCGAGGGAGGCGUCGUGUCUCCCUGGCGACGGGGCGGUGGACUAGCCUCGUGACCCGGAAGUGGGCGGAGCGUCCCUCGUGGGGCGGGGCAUCUCUGUGACGCUGGGGGCUGGGCCUAAAUGGCGAAACCCGAGAGGCUCUGGGGGGGGUUUGAACUGGCCAAUGGGCGAGCUGCCGACCGGUUGUCGGAAAAGGAGGCGGAAGCGGGGAGGAGCCGCCGCGGGAGCCGGACUGCAUCCGCCGCGGCGUCUCCAUGGCACGACCCUGGCCUCCGACUUCAACGACUUCAUAAGGAGACGGUUCUGGGCGCAGCCGUGCCGCUCUUGGUGAGAGGCCACGCGGCGGGGCAGGGCGUAGAGCGUCUCGGGUUCAAGCCCCGCGCUCCCGUCCCGGGGCUGGCUCGACUGGGCACCGUCCCCGCGUCUAGGCGCGCUCCUUCCUGCGUCCGAACCUGGCCCGCCCCGCUCCUCGUUGGGCGCGGGCCCUUCCUCCUCCCGCUAACGGGCGGGCCGGCCGCCUCCGUCCUCUCCGGGCCAUCGGCAGCGCUCUUUCCCUCCUCUGCUGCCCUCGGGCAGGGCUGCGCCCUUCUAUGGGCAGAACCCCGUUCCCUCUUGCCCGCUGGUGGGUGGCCAUGCGCUCCAUCCUCCCCGGAGGCCUCCCCUGCUCUCUGCGGGCUGGGCCGCAGCAGUUAUAUGCGCUCGGGGUGGGCAGGCCUCCGGGGACCCUCCUGGCCAACUCCGGGGAUGCGGGUGAUCCAGGAGCGGUCUAGCGGCCCAGGUCGCCUCUCCUAGGCCGCCACUCCUCCCCCUCCACCUAUUGGUUCUCCCUGGUAGCUAUUCUGCCGGGAACGCCCCUUCACCUGGGAGACAGUUGCCCCGGCAUCGUCCCGAAUAUCCCUCCUGCUCCCUGCGCGGGUUCCCGCCCCUGGGGGGCCCACUUGGGGCCUAGCAGUUCUCACCUUCUUCGCACGCCAGGCAGCCCUCAGGACAGUUGCUGUGCGACUUGGACAGUAGAGGAGCGCCUCCCAAGUUUUCAUCCAACUGCCACCCCCAAAGCUUCCACCCUCCUCCCCUCAGAGAGAGGACGUUUGAUGCCCGGCCCCUGAGAUUCUCAUUGGCAAGCCCCUCUGGGUCCCCCUGAGCAGAGCCUGCCGACCCAAUUGCCCAACUUUGCGGCUUUGAUGCUUAGCCAUGUCUGCCUCAUCCUCAGGCGGCUCCCCCAGGUUUCCAUCGUGUGGGAAGAACGGAGUAACGAGUCUCACACAGAAAAAAGUCUUGAGAACACCUUGUGGCGCACCCAGUGUAACUGUGACGAAAUCUCAUAAGCGCGGAAUGAAAGGGGACACCGUGAAUGUACGGCGGAGUGUCCGGGUGAAAACCAAGAAUCCACCUCAUUGCCUGGAGAUCACACCACCAUCUUCAGAAAAGCUGGUCUCGGUGAUGCGAUUGAGUGACCUUUCUACAGAAGACGACGAUUCUGGUCACUGUAAGAUGAACCGUUACGAUAAGAAGAUUGACAGUCUAAUGAACGCGGUCGGUUGUCUCAAAUCUGAGGUCAAGAUGCAGAAAGGUGAACGCCAAAUGGCCAAAAGGUUCCUGGAGGAGAGGAAGGAAGAACUGGAGGAGGUAGCACAUGAGCUUGCAGAGACGGAGCAUGAGAACACAGUGCUCAGACACAACAUCGAGCGCAUCAAGGAGGAGAAGGACUUCACCAUGCUUCAAAAGAAACACCUCCAGCAGGAGAAGGAAUGCCUCAUGUCCAAACUGGUGGAGGCUGAAAUGGAUGGGGCGGCUGCUGCCAAACAAGUCAUGGCCUUGAAGGAUACCAUCGGGAAGCUGAAAACCGAGAAACAGAUGACUUGCACCGACAUCAACACCUUAACGAGGCAGAAGGAACUUCUCCUGCAGAAGCUGAGCACCUUUGAAGAGACCAACCGCACCCUCCGAGAUCUGUUGAGGGAGCAGCACUGCAAAGAGCUGUGCCUGAAAGUUCCUGAAUGUGCGAGGCAGCACAGGCCUGGGAGGGAGAGGCAGGAGGAUUGUCAGGAUUCCGAGAGACUAAUGGAGCAACAAGGUGCAUUACUGAAACGUCUGGCAGAGGCCGACUCAGAGAAAGCGCGCCUGCUGUUACUACUGCAAGACAAGGACAAGGAAGUGGAAGAACUCCUCCAGGAGAUACAAUGUGAGAAGGCUCAAGCAAAGACAGCGUCUGAGCUCUCCAAGUCCAUGGAGUCCAUGCGGGGGCAUUUGCAGGCACAGCUUCGCUGCAAAGAGGCUGAGAACAGCCGCCUGUGCAUGCAGAUCAAGAAUUUAGAGCGCAGUGGGAACCAGCACAAGGCGGAAGUAGAGGCCAUCAUGGAGCAGCUAAAGGAACUGAAGCAAAAGGGAGACCGAGACAAAGAGACCCUGAAGAAGGCCAUCCGAGCCCAGAAGGAGCGAGCUGAGAAGAGUGAGGAGUAUGCCGAGCAGCUACAUGUGCAGCUGGCCGACAAGGACCUUUAUGUUGCUGAAGCUUUAUCUACUCUGGAGUCAUGGAGGAGCCGUUACAACCAAGUUGUGAAAGACAAAGGAGACCUUGAGUUGGAGAUCAUUGUCCUAAAUGACCGGGUGACAGAUCUUGUAAACCAACAACAGAGCUUGGAGGAGAAGAUGCGGGAAGACCGGGACAGCUUGGUAGAGAGACUGCACCGGCAAACUGCUGAGUAUUCUGCCUUCAAGCUAGAGAACGAGAGGCUCAAGGCUAGCUUUGCCCCUAUGGAGGACAAGCUCAAUCAGGCUCACUUGGAGGUCCAGCAACUGAAGGCAUCAGUGAAGAACUACGAGGGGAUGAUCGACAACUACAAGAGCCAGGUGAUGAAAACAAGAUUGGAGGCUGACGAAGUGGCUGCGCAGCUAGAGCGCUGCGACAAAGAGAACAAGAUGCUUAAAGACGAGAUGAACAAAGAAAUCGAGGCGGCCCGUCGGCAGUUCCAGUCACAGCUGGCUGACCUACAACAGCUGCCUGACAUCCUCAAGAUCACGGAGGCCAAGCUGGCUGAGUGUCAAGACCAGCUGCAGGGCUACGAGAGGAAGAACAUCGACCUCACAGCCAUCAUUUCAGACCUGCGCAGCCGGAUCGAACAUCAGGGGGACAAGCUGGAGUUGGCGAGAGAGAAACAUCAGGCUUCCCAGAAGGAAAAUAAACAACUGAGUCAGAAGGUGGAUGAACUGGAGAGGAAACUGGAGGCCACCAGCACCCAGAAUGUCGAGUUCCUACAGGUGAUUGCCAAGAGGGAGGAGGCAAUCCACCAGGCUCAGCUGCGGCUGGAGGAGAAAACGAGGGAGUGUGGGUCCUUGGCGAGGCAGUUGGAGAGUGCCAUUGAAGAUGCCAGGCGACAGGUGGAGCAAACCAAGGAACAGGCGCUCUCCAAGGAACGAGCAGCCCAGAGCAAAAUCCUGGACCUUGAGACCCAGCUGAGUAGGACCAAGACAGAACUUGGCCAGCUACGCCGGACUCGUGAUGAUGUGGAUCGAAGAUACCAGAGCCGUCUGCAGGAUCUGAAAGAUCGCCUGGAGCAGUCUGAAAGCACCAACCGCAGCAUGCAGAAUUACGUCCAAUUCCUCAAGUCCUCCUAUGCAAAUGUGUUUGGGGAUGGGCCCUAUACAUCCUCCUACCUGACCAGCUCACCCAUCCGCUCUCGGUCUCCUCCUGCCUGAGGCCACCUAUCCAGGGUCUGAAGCCCUUGCAGGAUGCCAGACAACUGUGGCGUUACCAAACCAUAGCUAGCAAGCCCACUGGGUCUCAGAUGCGAUCAGGGGUCUGUUCCUCAACUAAUGCCAGCAAAGACCCUAGAGCAGCCAGGGAUGAAUCAGGAGGGCUCUGGUUCUCUCUCCUGAUCUGGGAACCUGGUGGAAUUUUCUAAUGAUCUUCACAGCCUUAUAUUUGCUAUAUUAGGUACUAGAUUUUUAAAUCCCUGUGACUAGAGUCUUCUUCCUUUCCUCAGGGAAUGUUUGUACAGACUUCCUGCAGAGACGCCCUUCUCUUCUGAAGCGUCUCUGUCUUGGGUUUCUUUGAGCUGAAGUUGCAGGAGUCCUUCUCUGACUCUGAAGGCCUACAUUGCUUUUUCUUUCCUUUUUAUUUAUUUAUUUUUUAUUUUUAAUAAAAAUAGAACUUUAUUUGUAUUAAGAAAUAGUGAGGGGUUGGGGAUUUAGCUCAGUAGUAGAGCGCUUGCCUAGCAAGCGCAAGGCCCUGGGUUUGGUCCCCAGCUCCGAAAAAAAGAAAAGGAAAAAAAAAUAGUGAAAACAUGUAAAUUAGUAACUAAGCCUGUGCUUUUAUCAGCAUAAAAACAUGACAGAGAGAGAGAUGCAACGUUCGUUAGAGCUCAUGGAGGUAAGAGGCUCAUAGCUCCUAGCUCCCGUGGAACCUGUAGCUACAAAUGUCAUGAAAAUAUGUUGUUGUAAUAAGUCCCUCAUUACAUAGCAACUGGCAUGUCAGAGCUACAGCAGGUGUGUUCACAGUGAAAUGUUUGAACACAGACCAAACUGUGUGGCACGUGUGCUUGUAACCGUAUGUUCUGGUUUCACAGUUCUGGUAACACUAACUGACCACCUCUUACUGCAAGUAAAGUAUAGAGCAGUGCAGGAAUCCGCCCAUCAUCCCCUCACAGAGGCCGUGGUGAUCUGUGUUGUUCCAGCAUUGAUGGAUAUGCUACUGAAGGGGAAUCUGCUUUUCUCUCCUUGGUGAGCAGGGCAGGAAGCAGUGUUUUCCACAGUGCCAAUGGAAACCUCCCAUGUCUGCCUUUUCUAUAGGCCACUGGUCCUCAAGCUCGUCACAGACGCUCAUGGCCAUGCAGCCUGACAUUCAAAUUCCUAUCUCAUUAUUUAUCCUUUCUUUGCAUCUCUGGGAUUCAUUGAUUUUUGACAUUUUUGUGUGGUUUUACAGGAAAUAAAGUUUUUAUAGUCAGUUA